CACAAGGAACUUUGUUCCGAAUGCCUUCGUGGUUUAGAUGCUUAGCUCUCCGGAUUUCUUAAAUGGCACAGUUGAGGUACUUCUUACACCAUUCUUUGGCAAAAGCUAUUCUGCACCGGUGACCCCUUCCAAUCCACCACUCUACAAAUUAUUAUCUCUGGACUUGCAGUUGACACCCUGCCGGAGGCAAGAGCUACUAAGCCAACUGGAACUGUGCCUUUUCCUUUGUCAAGGUUUUUUUCUUACACAGGAAAAAGAAAGAGAAAAAAAAGAGAUGAAGUUGGGCAAAGUGGAGUUCUGCCAUUUUCUGCAGCUGAUAGCUCUUUUCCUGUGCUUUUCUGGGAUGAGUCAAGGAGAGCUCUCAAGGUCCAGAUCAAAGCCGUAUUUCCAGUCGGGACGCUCCCGGACCAAGCGCAGCUGGGUGUGGAACCAGUUCUUUGUGCUGGAAGAAUACAUGGGCUCAGACCCCCUCUAUGUAGGCAAGCUGCACUCUGAUGUGGAUAAAGGAGAUGGUUCCAUCAAAUACAUCUUGUCAGGAGAAGGGGCCGGCUCGGUGUUCAUUAUUGAUGAGAACACGGGUGACAUCCAUGCUACCAAGAGGCUGGACCGCGAGGAGCAGGCCUACUACACACUGCGGGCGCAGGCACUGGACAGGCUCACCAACAAACCCGUGGAGCCCGAGUCUGAGUUUGUCAUCAAAAUUCAAGAUAUCAACGACAAUGAACCCAAGUUUUUGGAUGGUCCCUACACUGCGGGAGUUCCGGAGAUGUCUCCUGUGGGGACUUCAGUGGUCCAGGUGACAGCCACAGAUGCAGAUGACCCAACCUAUGGCAACAGUGCCCGAGUGGUCUACAGCAUUCUCCAGGGCCAGCCCUACUUCUCAGUGGAGCCAAAGACAGGAGUCAUCAAGACUGCCCUCCCAAACAUGGAUAGAGAGGCUAAAGACCAGUAUUUGCUUGUCAUUCAGGCAAAGGAUAUGGUUGGCCAAAAUGGCGGGCUGUCAGGAACCACCUCGGUCACUGUGACACUAACUGACGUCAACGACAACCCACCCCGCUUCCCACGAAGGUCUUACCAGUACAAUGUCCCAGAAUCCUUGCCCGCGGCCUCAGUUGUGGCCAGAAUCAAAGCUGCCGACGCAGAUAUAGGAACUAAUGCAGAAAUGGAAUACAAAAUUGUAGAAGGCGAUGGCUUGGGGAUUUUCAAAAUAUCUGUCGACAAAGACACGCAGGAAGGAAUCAUUACCAUACAGAAGGAACUGGAUUUCGAAGCCAAAACAAGUUACACGCUCCGCAUCGAAGCUGCGAACAGGGAUGCCGACCCUCGCUUUCAGAGCCUGGGGCCUUUCAGUGACACAACCACGGUGAAGAUCAUUGUGGAGGAUGUGGACGAGCCCCCCGUGUUUUCCUCCCUCCUGUACCCCAUGGAGGUGUCAGAAGCAACUCAAGUUGGCAACAUCAUUGGCACUGUAGCGGCUCACGACCCAGAUUCUUCCAACAGCCCUGUGAGGUAUUCAAUUGACAGAAACACAGACUUGGAGAGAUAUUUCAAUAUCGAUGCCAACAGUGGAGUGAUUACAACUGCCAAGUCUUUGGACCGGGAGACAAAUGCUGUUCAUAACAUCACAGUCCUUGCGAUGGAAAGCCAGAAUCCGUCUCAGGUAGGAAGAGGCUACGUGGCCAUUACCAUUCUCGACAUUAAUGACAAUGCGCCAGAAUUCGCCAUGGACUAUGAGGCCACUGUCUGCGAGAACACCCAGGCCGGGCAGGUAAUCCAGAAAAUCAGUGCGGUAGAUAAGGAUGAGCCAUCCAAUGGGCACCAGUUCUACUUCAGCUUAACAACAGAUGCAACAAAUAACCAAAACUUCUCACUGAAAGAUAACAAAGACAACACAGCCUCGAUACUCACCCGGAGGAACGGCUUCCGCAGACAGGAGCAAUCCGUGUACUACCUGCCCGUCUUCAUCGUGGACAGCGGCUCGCCCUCGCUCAGCAGCACCAACACGCUCACCAUCCGCGUGUGUGACUGCGAUGCCGACGGGGUGGCCCAGACCUGCAACGCCGAGGCCUACGUCCUGCCGGCCGGGCUCAGCACCGGCGCCCUCAUCGCCAUCCUGGCCUGCGUGCUGACCUUGCUGGUGCUGAUCCUCCUCAUCGUCACCAUGAGAAGAAGGAAGAAGGAGCCCCUCAUCUUCGACGAAGAGAGAGACAUCAGGGAAAACAUCGUGCGCUACGACGACGAGGGCGGAGGCGAGGAAGACACCGAGGCGUUCGACAUGGCCGCGCUGAGAAACCUCAACGCCAUUCGAGACACAAAGACCAGGAGGGAUGUCACUCCCGAGAUUCAGUUUUUGAGUCGGCCGACUUUUAAGAGCAUCCCAGAUAAUGUCAUUUUUAGGGAGUUUAUUUGGGAGAGACUGAAAGAAGCCGACGUGGACCCCGGCGCUCCGCCCUACGACUCCUUGCAGACCUACGCCUUCGAGGGGAAUGGCUCCGUGGCGGAGUCCCUGAGCUCCCUGGACUCCAUCAGUUCGAACUCUGACCAGAAUUAUGACUAUCUCAGUGACUGGGGGCCUCGCUUCAAACGACUCGCGGACAUGUAUGGAACCGGCCAGGAGAGCUUGUGUUCUUAGCCUUGGGACCUUGCUUUGACAUGUACUGAAGAAAAAGAAAGGAAAAUAAAAAAUAAAAAAAAGAAAGUAGCAGCAAAAGAAAAAGGAAAAACAAAAUAUAAGAAAACCUAUCCUGUGUUGAAAACAAGAACUCCACUUGCUGGAGAGAACUGGUUGUACAUAGUUCUCCAUUUGUAAACUAUUUAGGUUUCUGCCUUGGUGUGGACUUUCUGCGUUAGACUUAUCCAAGGGACUCCACUGGGCAUUUGCAGAGUUUUGUUUGGUUUUGUUUUUAGGUAAAAGGAACUCUGCAGUGGUUGGUGAAUAGAUAGCAACUCUCAUCUACCUGCAAAGGUACCUGACCUCCAGGCUGGGAGGAGGCCCAGAACGUGCCUUCAUGGUACUGUCCAUGAGCAGAACAGAACAGGAUGUGCCACUGGAAAUCCUGAACUUCUUACAUAUCCAAACUAGGGGCAAAUUUAAUUUACAGUGAUGCUUUUAGCUUAUACUAUAUGAUAGAAUUCAGCAGAAUUUUAUUGCUGUGGGUUAGCAAAGAUAUUUUAUUUAUCAACAUAUGAAUUCUUGGACUAUCUUCCUCAGAUGCAAACCCUCCAAUUAAAGCCAGUGAGAUUUGAUGGAAGGCAACAGAAACCAUUGUAUUCCAAUAAAUUAUACGAGGUGUUUCAAAGAGAAGAAAAUGGUACAUAAUUCUUCAAGUUUGGGAUUGCUUGGAGAUGCUUGUGUGGGUAUGAUAAGAAACAAAUUGCUGUCUAUUUGUUGAUUUUUAUAAAAUUAUCUCUUCUGAUUUGUACAGGAGACUAUUUUUAUUUUUCUGUUUUAUUUGACACACAGUGUUAUAUUUAUUUUAGAGCACCAGUCUCUACUCAGUUCAGAUACCAUCUUAAUGCCUAAUAGCACACUGAAGUCAUUGGAACAUGCUGGUCCUUCUCCAGCUUGAGCUAAAUUAAAAGGAUAAACAUGGAACUGGAGACUGUAUAGUAGACUAAUGGAACCCAAUUGCAGUUUACAUCUCAGCAAGAAGCGUAGAUUCAGGACUCAUACAUUAUUCUACUGAGCCAUUCAAAUCACACAACCACUGGAAGAAAAUAUUUGAAUUUCAGAAAGACUUCAAGAGGCAAUGCCUAUUUUUUUUUAAUGAACAAUUUAUUUUCCAAGGUCUUGUGUUCCUUAUGCUCCAAACACUGUCAAGAUUCAGUCCCAACCAUUUUCUGGGAGUAGAUAUGUUGAGUAAUAAAAGACUGAAAGUGAAAAUCUAUUUUAAAGUAUUAAUAUAAUCAAUUUCCAACCCAUCUUUCCAUGAAGAUGUGCACACGUCCCACAAGAAGCAAGUGAUGUGUAAUUUUUGCGGUGGUUUAAAUGUGCCAAAGUGAAGAGGGUCAUUGCAAGUACCCACAUGUAUUCAAGAUAGAGGAAUAUCUCAGAAUAAUAAGAUUUUUUAACAAAAAUACUAUUUCUACUUAUUUUUCCUAGAUUAUUACUAGUUUAAUGUGCAUAUACUCGAGUAAGAAUGGGUUUAUUUUUCCUUUACUUUCUUCUUUGAAAAAUAUUUUAUUGUUGGGCUCCUAAGAAAUCUACAGCUAGUGAACAUGGUAUAGGAAAUUGUGUUCUAAAUGUGCUUCUUCAUGAGAGCAGACACUGGAAUGAAAAUAUUAAAGUGUUGAUUACCUGAAGAGAAGCUAUGUAGGAAUCUGUAAAUGUGCAGUCCACCUUUAGAAAGUAUGUGAAAGUGGCCUUCAGCUUCAUAAAAAUAAAUGAUUUAAUGAAUUUGA